CGUCAGAGCUAUUGAGCUGUAAACCUAAAUUACGCGAGCUGGAAGAACAUAGGAAAGAAUGCUCAUGUCUGUACGAUUGAAAGUGCUCUUCCUGAGCGCUUGCUGGUUUCUUCCUGGUCUGGCAUACGUACCAGACGACAGUGAAGAUGGUAGCACACUGCAGGAACUCGUUGUGCUGUACCAGGAGUCGGUGCUUCAACUAUCUCCAGGCUCUCAAGUGGGAGAAGCCUGUGAAAGCAAUUUAAGCUGUGCAGUGGAGCACUCCUUGUGCAUUGCGGGUACAUGCAUCUGCAGUCGAGGCUACGUCCUUGCAGGAACCGAGUGCGUCACCCUCGCAUCCACAUACUUGAGGAGAACUGUGCGAGCUUAUCUGAUCGCAGCAGGCUGCCUUUUAUCGCUCCUGAUCUUUGCGUCCGCCUUAUGCGUCUUAUACUGGAAAAGGAAAAUUGACGACAGGCGCGACAUGGAAGAACUGGACGUGGUCAGUAAUGUACGUCGUGUCGGUGAGCCUACUUGGAUGCUGAACGCGUCGGAGGACAGGAGCUGUGGCCAGCAGGUCGGUCGUAUCUGGUACAUCGAUGCGCCUGGAAGAGUUCCACCGUCUACUUCUGUCGCCAUGGCGGAGAAGCCACCCUCGUACGAGGACGCCGUCAACAAGGUACCAGUGCUGCAGGUGGCUCAAGAGAAGGCGGCGGCAUUGAGAAGAGAAAUAAAAAGGAUGACUCUGUGAA